CUGGUUAAAGCGAUGCGCAGCCAAUCAGUGCGUCCUUCGAUCCAGCCAAUCAGUGCGUCCUUCGAUCGAGCAUCGUGUUCUAACUACCUUUUUCUUCUGCCUUUUCUUGAUUCCAAUCUUGAUCAAAUUCACCUCUUAAUAUACUGAUUGGCUGGGUUUUGAUUCGAAGCGUAGUCUAGGGUUUUGCAUUUUGGAAUUUGUUAUCGAUCUAUAGUAGUGAAGUGUGUAUAGUAAUGGCAGAACCGGGAGUGGAUAAAAAGAAGAGAGUGGUGGUUAUUGGUGGCGGGGUUGCAGGUUCUCUUCUUUGCAAAACCCUUCAAAAGCAUCGACAUUUUGAUUUCACCCUCAUUGAUUCGAAAGAGUAUUUUGAGGUGACAUGGGCAAGGUUGAGGUCAAUGGUGGAGCCAUCGUUUGCAAAAAGAUCUGUGAUUAAUCACCAUGAAUAUCUUCAAGGGGCAAGUAUUAUCACAUCUGAUGCAAAUGGGAUUGAAGACAAUGAAGUGUCAACUACAGAAGGUCGCCUGAUUUCAUAUGAUUAUCUUGUAAUUGCCACAGGUCACAUGGGUAGCAAAUGUGUCACAAAACCUGAGAAGCUCAGGGAGUAUGAAGCAGAUAAUGAAAAGAUCAAAUCUUCAGAGUCAAUAUUGAUAAUUGGAGGGGGACCCACUGGUGUGGAACUUGCAGCUGAAAUUGCUGUUGAUUUUCCCACCAAAAAGGUGAAACUAGUUCACAAGGGUUCAAGAUUGCUGGAGUUUAUAGAUGAAAAGGGUAGUAAAAAGGUGCUUGAUUGGUUAACUCUAAAGAAAGUUGAGGUAAUUUUAGGUCAAUCUGUUGAUUUGACUUCCAGCUCUGAUGAUGGAACCUAUAAAACAUCUGAAGGUGAAACUAUCAUGGCUGAUUGUUAUUUUAAAUGCACAAGUGAUCCGAUUGGUUCAUCAUGGCUUAAAGAGACAAGUCUCAAGGAUAGUUUGAAUGAUAGUGGGAGAUUAAUGGUUGAUGCAAACUUUAGGGUCAAAGGGUUUGAGAAUAUCUUUGCAAUUGGAGAUAUCACUGAUGUUGCAGAACUUAAACAAGGAUAUUUGGCACAAAAGCAUGCUUUGGUGGUUGCUAAAAAUUUGGAGUUGCUGAUAAAUGGAAGUGAUGGGGGCAAUAUGGUAAAAUACACUCCGGGAUCACCAACGGCAAUUGUGUCAUUGGGGAGACGAGAGGCCUUGUUGCAAGUAUGGUGUGUAACAUCGAUUGGGAGAGUUCCUGGUAUGCUAAAAUCUAAAGAUUUGUUUGUUGGGAAAACAAGGAAGCAACUAGGGCUAAAACCCUAAUCUUGUUUCUUUAUUGUGCUUGGAAUUGGAUUGGAUUGAUAAACCCUUUUAUUAUACCAAACUAGUUUAUUCGGUUUGAAAUUUUAAGGUAAACAAACACAUACUAUGAUGUUAUACAAGUCUAAAAGAGUGAAUAUGAAAACUUUGGUAUUGUUUGGUUAUGUAACAAUUUCAUUUAUUUCGGGUUAA